AUGGCCGCUGUCUCCACGUCCUCCGCUGUGAAGGCUUCGUGCCUCGCUGCAACAUCCGUGAAGUCCGAGUCUCGCAAGGUUGAAAAUCUCUCCUUCGCGCGCUCGGUCAGUCAGCGACAGGUUGUUGCUGCUAACGUCGCAAAAAAUGUGAAGGCCAAGGUUCAGCCCAUCCGGGCCACCGUUGGCAUUGAGAAGGAGGUUGCUCUUCCGGACAUCCCACUUACGCUUCUCAGGGAGGGUGAGGUGCGCGACUGGAACAAGCCGGAUCCCACCAACUUUCGCCAACGGUUCGAGAGCCUCGUGCUGAACGCUCAGAACCACAUUUGCGAGGCCAUCGAGAAGGUCGAUGGAGCCAAGUUCCGUCGCGACGCCUGGAUGAGGCCUGGUGGCGGCGGUGGCAUCUCCGCUGUUCUCCAAAACGGCAAUGUGUGGGAGAAGGCAGGGGUGGCCGUGUCUGUGGUGUACGGCACCAUGCCUCGCGAGGCCUACCGCGCAGCCACGGGCGAGGCCGCGCCAGGAAACGCUAAGGAGGGCGACAGGAUUCCCUUCUUCGCGUGCGGCAUCAGCUCCGUGAUGCACCCGUGGAACCCCUUCGCCCCUACCAUGCACUUCAACUACCGCUACUUUGAGACCGACGCCCCCGAGGGUGCGAAGGACGCUCCCCGCGCUUGGUGGUUCGGCGGCGGCACGGACAUUACUCCCUCAUACCUCUUCGAAGAGGACAUGAAGCACUUCCACGGGACCCAGAAGGCGGCGGUGGAGAAGAUCGAUCCGGCGCUGUACCCGAAAAUGAAGGAGUGGUGCGAUGAGUACUUCCUCAUCAAGCACCGUGGCGAGCGCCGCGGUUGCGGUGGCAUCUUCUAUGACGACAUGAACGAACGCGACCCCGAGAUCCUGUACAACCUGGCCAAGGAGUGCGCGGGCGCCGUGGUGCCGGCGUACGUGCCCAUCGUGGAGAAGCGCAAGGACACGCCCUACACCGCGGAGCAGAAGGAGUGGCAGCAGCUGCGGCGCGGGCGGUAUGUGGAGUUCAACCUGAUCUACGACCGCGGCACCAUCUUCGGGCUCAAGACCGGCGGACGCAUCGAGAGCAUCCUCAUGAGCAUGCCGCUUACUGCCCGCUGGGAGUACAACCAAGAACCCGCCCCUGGCACCCCCGAGGCGGAGCUGCUGGACGUGUGCAGGCACCCGCGCAACUGGGCGUAA